CAUUACUCUCUAUAUACGUAUCUCUUACGUCGGUCGCCUGCCUUCUCGGGGCGUUGGUCUCGAAAUGUCUCGCAGACGACGAGAUCCCGCUUGUCUGCCGUCAGAUGUUUUCAAACUACAGGUGACGCAGAAGGACCUCAAACUGUAACGAGCGCUGUCAGUCAUAGCACCACAGUAAGAGCCUCACACCAUGAGGCAGCAUUCUUCUUGACUGUUGACCAGAGCGCACAAAACGACCGGUUGUUUAAUACGGCCUACUGACCUAACACCGGUUACUGUUUCGCUUUCUCGAUGUUAGUAGCAGCGCCCACAUCUUCGUCACUAAGCGUGAUGACGACAGAUGACAGUAUGAGUGAUGACGUAUUCGAGUCGCCAGAAGACGCGGCUGCAGCGGAGAGUGGAGGGGGAGAAUAUUGUGGUAAACAAAUGAACACAAUGCCAGUUCCUGGACAGCACACACAUCAAUUAAAGACGCCGUCUCCUACAGGUUACCGAGACUACAGGCCUCCUGCUGAGAUGAUGAAACUCUAUGAACAACGGCAGGAGGAAGCUGAACAAAUGGUACACAAGACGAUCUUGUUGGGGGACAGCGGAGUAGGGAAAACGUCUUUAUUGGUACAGUUUGACACAGGGAAGUUUCAGACAGGAACCUUUUCAGCCACCGUGGGUAUCGGUUUUACAAACAAAGUGGUGACAGUGGACCAAUCAAAAGUGAAACUUCAGAUCUGGGACACAGCAGGCCAAGAGCGCUUUAGAAGUGUUACACACGCUUACUACAGAGAUGCACACGCCUUACUGUUGUUAUAUGACGUGACGAACAAGACGAGUUUUGACAAUAUCCGAGCAUGGCUUGGUGAGAUCCGAGAAUACGCACAGGACGAUGUGGUUAUUAUGCUAUUAGGAAACAAAGCAGACUGUGGGUCUGAAAGGGUGGUGCGUAAGGAGGACGGGGAACGACUUGCAAGAGAGUAUAAUGUUGCCUUCAUGGAAACAUCAGCGAAGACAGGACUCAAUGUUGAACUUACAUUCAUGGCUGUUGCCAGGGAGUUAAAAUCCAGAAAAAGUGGAAAUUCAGAUGAAUCAAAAUUCAAUGUUCAGGAUUACGUGAGAGAACAGUCACAACGUGGCUCUUGUCCGCCCUGUAAUACAUGAACGUCGGGAGAUGGAAAUGUUGGUAAUAUAUUCUCUGAGAAUUAACAUUUGCUUUGAAGAGUGCAGUUUGUAGCCAUCUGGUGUACAAAUCAUGUAAACAGACGCUGAUUACUGUUUUAGAGAAUACAGAGUCUCAAAUAUAUAUAUUUCCAUGCUUCAUAAACAAAUGAUGGAUUGAUUUUAAAAUAUGUCUAUAAAUUUUGCAGCGGCGAGUGAUCUGAAACCUGGAGUAUUAAAGAGAUUUAAAGAAAGGAUUCUGAUUUAAAAAAACUGCAUGGUCUUAUUUGGCCGGAUGACAUUUUGUUGGUAAAAUUCUAUUUUUGGAAAGACAUUUUAUUAGUUAAUUAUACAUUUAUAAUCAUAAGCUAUUUAUUCACACAUAUCAUAAGCAAAUUUUACAAUACAUAAUACUAAGUUGUAGGAUAUUCCUUGCCUAUUUUAUAUUUUUUGUUAAACAUUUAACUUAACGGAUGAUAUUCACUGAGAAUCACUUAAGAAUCGACCAAAAAAUCUUACCCUCAUCAUACUGGUAAUUAAUAGCACAGAAGUGAUUUACGUAAUUUGGCCCAUAACCAUGGGCAUUCAGUACUUAGCUAUAAGUCAUUUGGAAAAAAAAAAAAAGUAUUUUGCAGGGUAAGAGACCAAACAACAUUUCCAUACACAUUAAAACUAUUUUAUCAGUCAGUAUAUUUAAACACAAAUAAUCUGUCUUUGCAGUUUUCAGGUGUGUAAAUAUUAUAUUUAAAUUUGUGGACAGAAAAAAACAUUUUGAUAAUUAUUUUUAAUAAUGCAGGAAAUUUCAUUUCUGGAUGAUGAUAUUGUGUCAUUUUGAUACUAGUUAAUGUACAUACUUCACCAUAGGAAGACAAUGCUGAAGUUGGCAAAAAUUAUAAACACUGGACAAGAAGAUUUCUGUCAUCUGGGUUGUUGCGCUGUGUGAAUCACCCUGAUGACGGAUGCAGGAUGACCUCUGAAACGUUUGUAAACAUCGACCAGACUACACAGCGCAACAACCCAGAAGACAGAAAUCUUCAUACUCACCGCUGUGAAAACAUCAAAUCUUACACUGGACAAGAAUUUUCUUAUCUUACAACUACUAUGUUCGGUAUUGCGAGUACUUCUAAUUAAUACACUUAAUUAUUAUGGUCUAGGACUCAAACACUGCAAUGGAUAUUGUUGACCCAAAGGUAAAGUUGUGAAUAUCCAAAAAUGCAAUUUUUAGGAGAGGCAAAAAUAUUUGUUGUCAAAUAAACAAUUGUUCAAUUUUUGCUUAACCAGCAGUAGAAUGUACUUACCUCCUAAUAAACUUUUAAUAGAGUCAUUAAAAAUAUUAACCUUUUCAAUAGAACAUGAAUGAAUGCAUCCCUUGCAGCAUUUCAUACCAAAAUAUAAUUCUUAAUGCUGAUUUAUAUCAGCUGGUCAAAUAGCAUCAGCUUCAAUUUAAAUAGUUCAACAAGGGGUUAAAUUGUGUAAAAACUGGGAACACUCAGAAGUAAAUUUUGCAAAAAUGUGUAUCCUCGUAUGGAUUAUAUCUCUCAGAUCUUAUCAUUUUACAAUAAAAAGAGUGGAGGUUACCAACUCAGGGUAAGACAUCUCACAGAAGAGCUGUGUUAUGCUGCAUGCCUCUCCAGCAUCGUAUACACAUACCUAUGUCAAUAAAAUCUUUUCGGGAAAUCAGCCACAUUAACUGGUUACCGUAGUAAACAAGUUAACGCUGCUGAUUGCCUGAGAAGAUUUUAUCGAUUGUACUCGCCGCGAAAGUCUCAAAUCCUAUGACAUACCUAUGUAUUAGGCUGAUGUUGCACACAAUGAGUUAAUGAACAUGACCCAUCAGUGGCAGAAAAACCAUCGAAUUGUUUUGGAGAAGACUAGCUGUCCUGCGGAAAUUCUGUUAUAAAAUGGGUAGUAAGUAACUUUAUGGAGCAGUUCAGAUAUACAUUGAGAUUGAAAGGAAUGUGUAUCAAAAGCAGAAGCGUAAGUGUCUUCCUCAUAAAGAUUACAGUGUCAUUCAAAUUUGAUAUAGCCUUGCAUUGUCAGACCAGUUAAUUUCACCCAUUGUUCCUCUUACAAGUGUAGCAAAAUUAAAAGGGCCCUGCCCCUUCUAAUGUAACAAAAAUAGGAAUAUCUAAAAUGCAAAAGCCCAGAAAUUAAAAAUUGGUCGAUAACAUCAUACUUGGUGCUUUAAUGAAGUUAACAAAGGGUUAAAUAUUCUUUAAGCACUAUAUUUUAUGUGAGGUUCUCACAUUUUAAUAUGAAAGUUGAGAUUUCAUUGCAAUGAGAGUUCAGAUUAUGUAAUUCUGGACUGUGAUGGCAUGUCUUCUAGGUGCUUACCAACAUUUCAGAGAAACAUCUUCAGAUGAAGACAAUCCUGAAAACCACCACAUGAUAUAUUUUAAUAAAUGAGGCAAGGAAGGAGAUAAUGAAUUUGACUACAAUUUAUAGCAUUAAGCAGAAAUGGUUUUAAAUGGCUCACAUCUGUAUUAAAACUAAAGAUUUACUUCGUACAGCAAUAUGUAACAACUAUAAUUUGAAGUUAUGGUACAGUAUUUAAGUUACCAUCAGUUCUUAGAAUCUUAAAAAUUUGAAUACCCUGCAGUGUACUGAUAUACUAAAUCAUGCAUUCAAACAAAAGUGUUUACACUUGAAAAGUUAUGCUUUAUAACAAACCUUUGUCUUAUGAAUUGUAUGAUUUAAUAUAAGUUUAUUUGUUUGCCACUGAUGAUGACCUCUUGAGGUCAAAAUGCAUUUGGCACUAAGUGCCUUUUCAAGUGUAAACAGUUUUGUUUGAAUGCAUGAUUUUAUACAGUUCUUAGAAUACAACACUGAUAAGAGAUAUUUUUGUUCAAAUGCAGGUCCACUUAAAAUUAAUAAAACAGUAAAUUUAGUGAUUUAUUUAUAAAAUAAGACACAUGCAUUUUUAUACCAACUCAGUGGACUAAAAGUGCUAAAGAUAAUAUUAUUUAUCCUGGGAAUCAACAUAAUCUUUUAAUACCCUUUGUGGCCAAGUUUUGAAUUACAUGUAUAAAGAAAGUGAUUUACGUGGUUAUUAAGCCACAAAAAGUUAAUGUAAACAAUUUAAAUGCAUUAUCUAAACUGAAAUGAUAAUUGUUUUACUUUUUCUCAGUUUAUUGUUCAUAUAACAAUGAAUGACAAAAAUACACUAAUAAUUUUGUGUUGUUAUUCAAUGCAGACAUUGAAGGUCAAAGAUGAGCUAAACAGUCAUCAGGCAAGUCAGGGAUCCAAAAAUUCCCAGUCUUUGGUAAUCACUUUUUGGUUUAAAUGUCUGGAAGUAAUCUGUAUAUUUCACUUUUUAUUCUUCUUUUACUAUUUAUUGAAAGUUUACAACUUGCUAGUACUUCAGAGCCACAAAACAAAUCUUUCUUCAGCCUUAGUGACAACAAUUAUGAGUACCGAUGUUGGGAAACACUGCAUUGUGUUGUUGACAUAAUGCAUAACAGAUGUAAAACAAUGAGAACUCAAAUAAUGAUUCUCAAAAAAUUUAAAUGAUUGAUUCAUUACACUACAACCAUCUUGGGGGUUGUCCAUUGCCCAAGUUAUAUUUGGCACAUUAUGCAUGAUGUUUUGGGAGCUGGUUCUACUAUUACCUUCACGUGAUUGGUUAUCAUUACACUGGCAAGAACUGUAUCUGUGUGUGUAGAAUUAUGUAUAGGGACCUACACUGCAGGCAGUGGACAAUGCCCAGCAUAUCUGUGUUGUAAUACAAAUAGUCUCACAAAGGUAUGUAAUACAGACAGAUGUCUUGUGUGUAUGUAAAUCAUUAACAUAAAUGUUAUAAAAUGUGAAAUUAAAAAAAAAUUGUUGCUGUGUUAUAUGUUGUUAAAAGCAUAUAGAGUGGUUGUACAAAGUGUUUUAAGAAUUUGUACAUAAAAACUAUAACAUAUAUAAAUAAAUUUUGAUCAAGACA